AUGUCCCGGAACGGCCGGGUGACCCCGCAUGAUCCCUGCGCUCUCCCUUCAGGGGACCUGACGGACCUGUGCGGACAGACGUGGCAAGGGGACGCGCUGCAGCUGCGCUCUCACUCCGCUUCGCGAAAGUUCUACUUCGUGACUCCGGACACUGAUUGCGUGCUGUGGCUGCGUGCCGCGGCCCCUGAAGAUAGGAUGCGCUUCCAGUUUCGCUUCUUCCUGGUCUACAGCCUGUCCUCGGCCACCCGGAUCACAGCAACCACCCUGGCCCCCAAUGCGUCCUCACCCGACCCGUGCGCACCCGGCUCCUACCUGCAGUUCUACGACGGCCCGCAGGGGGCGCCCCGGGCUCUGGGACCCCCGACCUGCGGCCUGACCAUCCCAGCCCCUCUCACGUCCUCUGGACCCUGGCUUGGCCUGCGCUUGGUCACCAGGGGCCGCCAGCCCCGUGUGGACUUCUUGGGCGAGGUGACCUCUUUCCGCUUGGGUGGGUUGGGACUGAUGGCCAGGGUAAGGCGAGGAGAACAGAGCAGGAGAGGAGAUGCUCAGAUGACAGGAAGGGAGGAAUGGGGUCCCAGCUGGGAAAGAUUGGGUGACAUGGAAAGGCUUGGGGAACCAGUGAGGGAUGAACCAAGAUCUACAAGUCCUGCCUCCUUCCAGCCUUGACACUCACUCUCUAGGCACACUUCAGAGCGCGUUCACACAGGACACCAGUUGACACCCAAACCACACCCAUAUCGCACUUACAAUUGAACCCAGACUCACACACACACACACACACACACACACACACACACACCUCACACACUCACCUUUUUUUUUUUUUUUUUU